AUGACUCGCUUUGCCCAAUUCGCAGCCGUUGCGCUCUCUCUCGCCGCGCCGGCGCUGGCGUCGUGCGACUACGGAACCCAUCUUAACCCCCGAAGCGAAUCUGUCCCCAUCAGCACCUUUGGCUACACCGGACUUGCUGGGCCUUUGAACUGGUUCGGCCUCAACGAGACGACCAACAAGAUGUGCGCUACUGGCAAAAACCAAUCACCCAUCAACCUGGAUUCUUCCAUCACCACGGCCCACGGAAGCUCGGUCACGUUCAAGGUCGACGCUUACCCUCAUGGUGCCGAGUUUGAGAACCUCGGCACUACUGUCGAGGUGCCCGUCAACGGCUCGCUGGUGGCCGAUGGCAAGUCGUAUAAGCUGGCUCAGUUCCACUUCCACACUCCUAGCGAGCAUCGCGUGGAUCUCGAGUACUUUCCCAUGGAGGCACACUUUGUCUUUUCAGCUGCAGACAAGUCCACCGCUGUUGUCGGUUUCUUGAUCAACCUCGGCCUUAUUCCUGAUCCUCUCCUGACCUCGGUCUUCGCCUCCGUCGGCAUGAUUGCGACUCCCGGCUCGACCACCACCACAGGCCCUCUCGUGUUUGGUCCUCUUGAGAACCACCUCAACUCCAACACCAUCUUCAAGUACUCUGGCUCUCUGACCACGCCUCCUUGCUCCGAGGGUGUCUCUUGGUACAUCAGCACCAAGCCCCUGACAAUUGACGAAAUCACCUAUCAGCGCGUCAGGGACGUGGUCAAGUUCAACUCCCGUUAUACGCAAAACUCGCUUGGCGAGAUCAAUCUGCUCCAGAACGCCGCCAAUGAGCUUUAA